AUGAGCCGCUAUGGCGGGGACUCGUGGGCUGCGGGUGCUGCCCACCGCCGGCACAAGGUGGCGGAGCUGAUGGGAGACAAGGCCGAAGGGGAAGUGACGCGGUGCUCCAAUGGCCGGUACGCAUGCACGGUGUGCGCGCACCAGCCUGUGUUCGACACGCUGCCCAUGUUCGCCAUCCACCAGCAGGGCCGUAAGCAUCAGGCGGUGCUGGCGGCCCGAAGGCGGGCAACCGGUCAUCAGGACCACUCGCGCAAGCGGCCCUUUGCUGAGACGCAGCCGUCUCGGCCCCAUCGCCCGCUCGCCACUGCGCCCUCACCGUUCUCGGCCGCACCCUCGCCUCCGGCCGAACGACAAUCGAGACCACCACAACCGCGCGACACCGCUGCUGCGCCCGCGUCGCUGCCACCUGCUCCCGACCCGCACCUCUUCUUCGCCCACCCUUCCGCACAGCCCGACUUCCCGCGUCCCACCUUCCCGCUGACGCCCUACUCAAGCCACCACCCAGCUUCUCGCUUUCCUCAGCCUCUCCAACAGCCCAACGUGCACGAUGACGAAACUCUGAGGGAGCAGAGCAAGAAACGGCGCAUGGAGCAGGAGUACUACGACAAGCUCCGUGAGUUGGGCUGGCGGCGGCGGGCUGACGGCAGCCUCGAAAAGGACCCCGACGUCGAGUGGGACUCAGACGCGGACGAGUCACCACCGCCGCCACCGCCCGGCAUCCACAUACCACCAUCACACUGUCCGGCAGGCGCUCACUCCCCGUGA